AUGUCACCGAGCCUCCAACUGCCAUUGCUAGAUGGUGACGAGCCCCGCGGCGAGUACGAGCCACUAUACCUCAAAGGCCGCCCCAGCAGACCCCGCGAGAGGAGCCUUCUCUGGCUCAAGGCCAUUACGACCGCCGUCCUCGUUCUCAUCGCCAUCUUGGUCUUCUUCUUCCCAGACGACGCCCGACACUACCUUCACCUCCCGCCUCCCUCCUCAGGCCAUCACACGCCAACCCGCGACCGCAUCCAGGACAUUGUCACGUCCAUCAUCGGCAGCGCGCCCUCGCCACCGCCAAACACGACGGCGGAGACCAUCCCCAACACGGCCCAUUUCGUCUACAUCCUCCAAGACCCCGACGCCGACUUCCACUUUGAGUUCAGCCACUACCUCGCCAUCUACGCCGCCGCGCACCACUGGCGCCCCGACACGCUCUACUUCCACACCAACGCUCGGCCGGCCGCCCUCGACCGCGCCCGCGCCGGCACGUCCGGCCGCUGGAACGCCCUGAUCCUGAACCUGCCGCGCCUCACCGUUCGCGCCGUCACCGUCCCGACGCACGCCGGCAACGGCGUCGCGCUGACGGGCAUGGAGCACAAGUCGGACUUUGUGCGCGUCAAGGCCGUGCACGAGCUCGGCGGCGUCUACGUCGACUGGGACCGGCUGGUGCGGGAGGAGGGCGAGGUGCUCAUUGUCGAGCGGAAGGCGUUUGCGCCGGGCGGGUGGGGCACCGGGGAUGUCGCGGAGCUGUUUGCGCCGCAUUUCGGCGAAAAGUCGAAUCUCGACGGGAAGAGGCAGGGGGACGAGCUGGGGGUGUUUGACGAGGGGCCCGGCGUUAUGGGGAACAACCCGUUGUGGGCGCGCGACUGGUCUUUUACGUAUCUGCUGCAUGCGUUCCGCCCGGGCAGGGCGAGCAAGAACCCGUGGGGGUUUGAGGCUAUAACGCCGAGAUAUGUGUUCGAGAGGCAGAGCAACUUUGCGAGGGCCGUGUAUCCCGUGGCGAAGGACAUGUAUGAUCGGAAGAUUAUCCAGCUGGAUGACUCUCACGAAGGGUGA